AUGCCAAAGAUUCGCACUUCGCGAACCGCGCCUCCUCCCGAGGGAUUCGAGGACAUUGAGGAUAUUCUAGAAGACUACUCUAGAGCGAUGCGGGAUGCAGAGAAUGAAGAGGGAGAGGGAAAGAGGAAAAAUGAGGUGUUGUGGGGUAUCAUGCGGAUAAGCCAUACGAGGAGCAGAUACAUCUACGACUUGUACUACGGGAGAGAAGCCAUCAGCAAGGAGCUGUACGAUUGGCUCAUCAAGCAGGGAUAUGCGGAUGCCAAGUGAGUUGUACAGUCUGAGUAUUGAGUUUGAUGGGUCCACAGGGAUGCGAUGCGCACCACUACCGGCAGAGGCUCGAAGCGCAGGACAGGGAGAUGGCAAAGAUGGAAGGCAGCAGAGCUCUUUCGAAGGCUGCAAGGCUGACUUGGGUGGCAUGCUCACCAUUCGCGACUCACUGUCUGUGACGCAGCUUGAUAGCAAAGUGGAAGAGGUCGGGCUACGAGAAGCUGUGCUGCGUGAGGUGUAUUCAAGCCAUGGUGAGUCACAAAGCGCAGAUCUCGCUCGCAGCCGUGUCCCAGAGGUGCUCUGGCGCUACCUCACCCACUCACUCACUCACAUCGCGCACAACUUGCAUGGCUGUCAUUCACGAUUGAAGGACAUGAACUACUCGGGCUCCACAUGCGUUUGCAGAGUUCCAAAAUCUCAACUCAGACCCGGCACUGUCGUGGAGUGUCAGAAUUGUGGUGAGUAGCAGCAAGGCACAAGUCUUACAGGCUUCUUUGCGACCUCUGUGCGGCGAUUGUGUUGUGGUGCGCUCGAUCGUAUCCCCCGCGCGCGCAACGAAGCGGAGCAUUUUCAGCUCACCAUACACGACCCAUCCCACCCCUGACUUCACACGCACGCAGGCUGCAGAGGGUGCGCUUCAUCAGACUGA